AUGGGGAGGAGAAUGUGGGGUGGUCAAGACUCAUGGCGUUGGAAGAUCAGAGACAAGCCGCCGGAAGAAAGAGACAAAACAGUGGAUGAAGAAGAGUGGGAAACGAUAAGAAGUAAGAAAGGUAAGGAGAAAAAAGUAGAAGAGCCGAGCACAACUAUAUUUUUAACAAACCUACCAGAAGAGGUGUCCGACAAAGAGAUCUGGUUGGAAGUAAGAAGGUGUGGAUACUUGUCAGAUGUGUAUUUUCCCAGGAAAAAAGAUCUUAAAGGAAAAAGAUUCUCCUUUGCAAGAUUUAAAAAGAUCAGGGAUAUAAACAAACUGGUUCAGGCUCUAAAUAACAUAUGGUUCGGAGAGAAAAGAGUCAAGGCAAAUGUGUCUAAAUUCAAGAGAGAUGAAGAAAAGGAGGACGGGGGUAACAAGUAUUCAAAUGGAGGACGUCAGGAAAGACCUAGCAAGUGGGGGGGGGGGGGGGGAAGGUAUGAGGAAAUAGGAGUAAGGUAUGACGGACAGGGCCAGACGAAUAUACCAAAGAUCCAAAAAAACUAG